AUGUUUGACCCUGAUCACGGUCUCUGUCUCUCAGGUCAGAGUCCGUCCUUCUGUGGCCGCUCAGGGAAGCAGCUGAAAAAGCAGCAGAGCAGCCAGAGAGGAAUGCUGAUCGAUGAUUGGUCCAGAGCAGUAAAGAGUCUGAACGUGUCAUCGUCAGUGAACCAGGCCUCGCGUCUGAUUGACUGCAGUGAUCAGUGCUGGCAGUCGUCAGGGUCACAGGGGAAGCACUGGAUCCGUCUGGAGCUCUUCCCUGACGUCCUGCUCCACAGGCUGAAGAUGGUGGUGGACCCUGCAGACAGCAGCUACAUGCCGUCACUGGUGGUGGUCUCAGGUGGAAGUUCUUUGAACAACCUGAUUGAACUGAAGACCAUCAACAUCAACCCCACGGACACCAACGUCCUGCUGCUGAGUGACUGUACUGAGUUUCACAGGUUCAUAGAAAUUGCCAUUAAACAGUGUCGCAGCUCCGGCAUCGACUGUAAGAUUCAUAGUCUGGGAGUCGUUGGUAGGAUCAGAGCUGAGGAUGAAGACCUGGCCACCGUCCCAUUCCUGGCCUCGGACAAUGAAGAGGAGGAGGAGGAAAAAACAGCCACAGGGAGAAAGAAGUCAUCAGGACCAGAGUCAGCUGCCAGCAUCAGGACCAAAGUCUUUGUGUGGGGCCUGAAUGACAAGGACCAGCUGGGAGGACUGAAGGGCUCCAAGAUUAAAGUUCCGUCCUUCUCCGAAACCCUCUCCGCUCUUAACGUGGUCCAAGUAGCAGGAGGAUCCAAGAGCCUGUUUGCAGUGACGGUGGAAGGAAAGAUCUAUGCCUGUGGAGAAGCCACCAAUGGCAGGCUGGGCCUGGGUCUGUCCAGUGGGACCAUCCCCAUCCCCCGACAGAUCACUGCACUCAGUAACUUCGUGGUGAAGAAGGUGGCUGUCCACUCUGGGGGGCGCCAUGCCAUGGCUCUGACUGUGGACGGAAAAGUCUUCUCCUGGGGAGAAGGAGACGAUGGGAAACUGGGCCACUUCAGUCGCAUGAACUGUGACAAACCUCGAUUGAUCGAGGCUCUGAAGAGCAAACGGAUCCGAGACAUCGCCUGUGGGAGUUCUCACAGCGCAGCCAUCACCUCCAGUGGAGAACUGUACAGCUGGGGUCUGGGGGAGUACGGACGCCUGGGACACGGAGACAACACCACCCAGCUCAGACCCAAACUGGUGAAAGUUCUGCUGGGACAUCGUGUGGUCCAAGUGGCCUGUGGAAGCAGAGACGCUCAGACUUUGGCCCUCACUGAUGAAGGUCUGGUGUUCUCCUGGGGGGACGGUGACUUUGGGAAGCUGGGCCGCGGUGGCAGCGAGGGCUGUAACGUUCCUCAGAACAUUGAACGUCUGAACGGUCAAGGAGUUUGUCAGAUUGAGUGUGGAGCUCAGUUCUCUCUGGCUCUGACCAAGUCUGGGGUGGUCUGGACCUGGGGAAAGGGAGAUUAUUUCCGACUGGGUCACGGCACCGACGUGCACGUGAGGAAGCCUCAGAUGGUCGAAGGACUGAGAGGAAAGAAGAUUGUGCACGUGGCCGUGGGAGCGCUGCACUGCCUGGCUGUGACCGACACAGGACAGGUUUAUGCCUGGGGUGAUAACGAUCACGGCCAGCAGGGGAACGGAACCACCACAGUGAACAGGAAGCCCACUCUGGUCCAGGGUCUGGAGGGACAGAAGAUCACCAGAGUGGCCUGUGGCUCCUCCCACAGCGUGGCCUGGACCACGGUGGACGUGACCACGCCCUCUGUCCACGAGCCGGUUCUCUUCCAAACGGCCAGAGACUCGUUGGGAGCCUCGUACCUCGGUGUUCAGUCGGACAGCGACUCCUCCUCAGUCAGUCAUAAGAUGAACGGACAGAACAACGUGAAACCAAACCGACCGUCUCUGGCUAAGAUCCUCCUGAGUCUGGAGGGGAACCUGGCCAAACAACAGGCUCUGACUCAUGUUCUCUCUGCUCUGCAGAUCAUCUACGCCAGCCAGCAUGAUUCUUCCUCUGCUGAGUGCCCGUCCAGUUCUCCAGUUCCUCCAUCAGACUCCUCCUCCUCUUCCUCCAGUGUGAGUGAUGAAGAAGGAGCUGCACCUCCUCCUGAGGCUGAGGAACGUCUGAGUCCAAGUCCAUGGCAGGAGAAGAAGAAUGAGGUUCCUUCCUCUGAAGAUGCCGUUACUCCCUCCUCUGCUGUGACUCCCUCGGCCUCUGGUGCCUCCUCACGUCCCUUCAUUCCCGUCACUGAUGAUCCCGGGGCGGCCAGCAUCAUUGCUGAGACCAUGACCAAAACUAAAGAGGACUCGGAGAGUCAGAGUAAAGUGGUCGGUCCAGAACCCCAGUAUCUGGACGAGUUCACCAGCCUCCUGGUCCCUGAUGAUACACGGGUCAUGGUGGACCUCCUCAAACUUGGCGUGGCCUGUCGAGCUGGAGACAAAGGCAAAGAAGUUCUGUCAUUGGUUCUGUCCGGGAUGGGAACAGCAUACCCCCAGGUGGCAGACAUGCUGCUGGAGCUGUGUGUGACCGAGCUGGAAGACGUUGCCACAGAUUCUCAGAGCGGACGACUGUCCUCUCAGCCUGUGGUGGUGGAGAGCAGCCAUCCGUACACCGACGACACCUCCACCAGUGGCACUGUCAAGAUCCCAGGAGCCGAGGGUCUGAGAAUCGAGUUUGACCGACAGUGUUCCACCGAGAGACGCCACGAUCCACUGACCGUUAUGGACGGAGCCAACAGGAUCGUCUCUGUCAGAUCAGGUCGGGAAUGGUCCGACUGGUCCAGUGAACUGAGAAUACCUGGAGAUGAGCUGAAGUGGAAGUUCACCAGUGAUGGUUCGGUCAACGGUUGGGGCUGGCGCUUCACCGUCUAUCCCAUCAUGCCUGCUGCUGGUCCUAAAGACCUUCUGUCUGACCGCUGCAUCCUCUCCUGUCCCUCCAUGGACCUGGUCACAUGUCUCCUGGACUUCAGACUCAACUUUGCCUCCAACAGGAGCAUCAUUCCUCGUCUGGCUGCCUCGCUGGCUGCCUGCGCUCAGCUCAGUGCACUUGCUGCGGGUCACAGAAUGUGGGCGCUGCAACGUCUGAGGAAACUUCUGACCACAGAGUAUGGUCAGUCCAUCAACAUCAACCGUCUGCUGGGAGAUACCGACGGUGAAUCUCGCUCCAUGUCGCUGACAGGAAGUGCUCUGGCUGCUCUGGUCAAAGGUCUACCUGAAGCUCUGCAGCGUCAGUAUGAAUAUGAAGAUCCUGUGGUCAGAGGAGGGAAACAGCUUCUCCACUCUCCUUUCUUCAAGGUUCUGGUGGCGCUGGCCUGUGACCUGGAACUGGACACGUUACCCUGCUGCGCUGAGACCCACAAGUGGGCGUGGUUUCGACGGUACUGCACGGCUUCACGAGUGUCUGUGGCCCUGGACAAGAGGAGUCCGCUGCCCAGACUCUUCCUGGAGGAGGUGACGAAAAAAGUUCGUGAGCUGAUGGCCGACCACGAGAGCAUGAACAACCUCCACGAGAGCCACGAGCUCUUCAGACGAGAGCAGGACGAGCAGCUGGUGCAGUGGAUGAACCGACGGCCCGACGACUGGACGCUCUCAGCGGGGGGCAGCGGAACCAUCUACGGCUGGGGCCACAACCACAGGGGCCAGCUGGGAGGGAUCGAGGGCGCCAAGGUCAAAGUGCCCACUCCCACCGAGGCGCUGGCCACACUCAGGCCGGUGCAGCUGAUUGGAGGAGAGCAGACGCUGUUUGCCGUCACUGCAGACGGGAAGCUCUACGCCACGGGCUACGGAGCAGGAGGUCGACUGGGAAUCGGUGGCACAGAGUCGGUGUCCACGCCCACGUUACUGGAGUCCAUUCAACACGUGUUCAUCAGGAAGGUGGCGGUGAAUUCUGGAGGGAAACACUGUCUGGCUCUGUCGUCCGAGGGCGAGGUUUAUUCCUGGGGAGAAGCUGAAGACGGAAAACUGGGCCACGGAAACAGAAGCCCUUGUGACCGCCCCCGAGUCAUUGAGUCUUUGAGGGGGGUGGAGGUGGUGGACAUUGCAGCAGGGGGCGCUCACAGCGCCUGCGUCACAGCCAGUGGAGAACUGUUCACCUGGGGGAAAGGACGUUACGGUCGACUGGGACAUGGAGACAGUGAAGACCAGCUCAAACCUAAACUGGUGGAGGCGCUGCAGGGCCACAGAGUCAUCGACGUGGCCUGUGGCAGUGGAGACGCUCAGACACUGUGUCUAACUGAUGAUGACAUGGUCUGGUCCUGGGGAGACGGGGACUACGGCAAACUGGGACGGGGCGGCAGCGACGGCUGUAAGGUUCCCAUGAAGAUCGACUCCCUGACUGGUCUGGGUGUGGUUAAGGUGGAGUGUGGAUCCCAGUUUUCCGUGGCUCUGACUAAGUCUGGAGCUGUUUACACCUGGGGAAAAGGAGACUACCAUCGGCUGGGUCAUGGUUCUGACGACCACGUUCGACGACCCCGACAGGUCCAGGGUCUGCAGGGGAAGAAGGUCACUGCCAUAGCCACAGGCUCACUGCACUGUGUCUGCUGCACAGAGGAUGGAGAGGUUUACACAUGGGGGGACAAUGACGAGGGACAGCUCGGGGACGGGACCACCAACGCCAUCCAGAGGCCGCGGCUGGUGGCUGCACUGCAGGGUAAAAAAAUCAACCGUGUGGCCUGUGGCUCUGCUCACACUCUGUCCUGGUCCACCAGUAAACCCACCAACGCCGGGAAGCUGCCCACUCAGGUACCGAUGGAGUACAACCACCUGCAGGAGAUUCCCAUCAUGGCUCUGAGGAACCGCCUGCUGCUGCUCCAUCACAUCUCCGAGCUCUUCUGUCCCUGCAUCCCCAUGUUUGACCUGGAGGGGCGACUGGGACAGACGGGACACGGGCCCUCGGUCGGCUUCGACACGCUCCGAGGAAUCCUCAUCUCCCAAGGAAAGGAGGCAGCGUUCAGGAAGGUGGUCCAGGCCACCAUGGUGAGGGACCGACAACAUGGACCUGUGGUGGAGCUGAACAGGAUCCAGGUGAAACGUUCUCGCAGUAAAGGAGGUCUGGCAGGACCUGAUGGAACCAAGUCAGUGUUUGGUCAGAUGUGUUCCAAGAUGGCGUCCUUCAGUCCAGACAGUCUUCUGCUGCCUCACAGAGUGUGGAAGGUCAAGUUUGUGGGCGAGUCAGUGGACGACUGCGGCGGCGGCUACAGCGAGUCCAUCGCAGAAAUGUGUGAGGAGCUGCAGAACGCUCUGACUCCUCUGCUCAUCGUCACCCCCAAUGGACGGGACGAGUCUGGAGCCAACAGAGACUGUUUCCUGCUCAACCCGGCGGUCAAGUCCUCGCUCCACUUCAGCAUGUUCCGCUUUCUCGGAGUCCUGCUGGGAAUAGCGAUCCGGACAGGAAGUCCUCUGAGUCUGAACCUGGCAGAACCUGUGUGGAAACAACUGGCCGGGAUGAACCUGACCAUCGCAGACCUGAGUGAGGUUGAUAAAGACUUCAUUCCUGGGCUGAUGUACAUCAGGGACAACGAGGCCACAGCUGAAGAGUUCGAGGCCAUGACUCUUCCCUUCACGGUACCGAACGCCAGCGGUCAAGACAUUCAGCUCAGUGCUAAGUACUCGCACAUCACCCUGGAGAACCGAGCCGAGUACGUCCGUCUGGCCAUGAACUACAGGCUCCACGAGUUUGAUGAACAGGUGUCGGCCGUACGUGAAGGAAUGGCGCGUGUUGUUCCUGUUCCGUUACUGUCACUUUUCACUGGAUAUGAGCUGGAAACUAUGGUGUGCGGCAGCCCUGACAUCCCGCUCCAUCUGCUGAAGUCUGUAGCCACAUAUAAAGGAGUGGAACCGAUGGCGCCGCUCAUCCAGUGGUUCUGGGAAGUGAUGGAAUCGUUUUCCAACACGGAACGUUCACUGUUCCUGCGCUUCGUUUGGGGAAGAACUCGUCUGCCCCGGACCAUCGCAGACUUCAGGGGGCGGGACUUUGUCGUCCAGGUCCUGGACAAGUACAACCCUCCAGACCACUUCCUGCCGGAGUCGUACACCUGCUUCUUCCUGCUCAAACUUCCUCGGUACUCGUGCCGACAGGUCCUGGAGGAGAAGCUCAAAUACGCCAUUCACUUCUGCAAGUCCAUCGACACGGACGACUACGCUCGCAUCGCGCUGUCAGGGGAGCCCGCCGCCGACGACAGCAGCGAAGACUCGGACAACGAGGACGCCGACUCUUUCGCCUCAGAUUCUACGCAGGACUAUCUGACUGGUCACUGACGUGGUCUCGGGUUGACCCGGACGAUGAGGUUAGCCUGAGGGUCAGAGGUCAACUCAUCUGGAGAGGAAAAAAAAACAGGUUGUGAUGCUACCGGGCCUGACCCUGGGCCUGAACCUGGACCUGACCCUGGGCCUGCCCCUGGCCCUGACCCUGGGCCUGAACC